AUUACAUUCAUAGUAACUCCUAAUAAGGAAGUGGGUAAUAGAUAGACUAAACCACCCAUUUGCUGAUACUAGCACUAUGGCUGAAGGAGGUAGAAGUGCAAAAGAAGUCUUUAAAAAGACACUACCAAAGCUUAUAAGCACACUUGGGAAGGAUCCGCCUUUUACUGUAGUCACUACUGCUUUGUAUGCUGAGGAUUUGAUUACAGGGCAAGAGCUUGAAGCCAUUAAGACCAAACAAGGUGUCCAAAGAGGCAGUGAAGUGGGUUUUAAACUCGAUGACAAGAUAAAAGAGAGUGAUGAUCCUAAUGCCUGUCUACUGGCCAUAUGUGAGAUAUUUGAAUCUGAAGGAGUAGACAAUGCUAUAUUGAAGAAACAUGGAGCAAGCAUGAGAACAAGCAUAUCAAGUAAAACACAUUCCAUUCUAAACACUUUAUUUUAAGUUAUUUGUUAUCUAAGCACAACGUUUUUCUUAGCAUUUUCUGAUAUACAUGUACAUCAAUACUAACUACAUGUACAUGUAGUUAGUAAAUUGUACACAGUGUCAGUAUUUGUAUUUCAUAUUUUGCAACUAUAAAAACCUCCAUUAAUUAUAAUUAACACUGAU